UCACACACAUGUGUAAACGGUGAGGAGGUCCGGGACCAAACGGAAAUCCCCCUAACCAUCCUCAUCCAUUCUCCACUACAUACAUUGUAGAGAGGUAGCCUGGUAAAGUACGAAAGAAGAAGGCGCUUGGAAGCUGGAAAGGCACGUUAUCUGGCCACAAUCGGAGGACGCGAUUCUUCAAGUGGUUAUUUAUGGCAUAAGCUCAGACCCUAUCCAUCACCAUGUCAGUGAAGUCGGAUGGGAAGAGGAAGUGGGCGGCAGUGAGGGGCCAUCUGGGCUCCUCCCAGGACUCAGACACCCAGCUGGAGGCCAACCUGGAGAGUGCCGACCCAGAGCUGUGCAUCCACAUGCUACAGGUGCCCAGCGUGGUCAACUACUCUGGGCUGAAGCGUCGUCUGGAGGGCAGUGAGGAGUCCUGGAUGGUCCAGUUCCUGGAGCUGAGUGGCCUAGACCUGCUGCUGGAGGCCCUGGACAGGCUGUCUGGGAGGGGCUGCUCCCGCAUCACAGAUGCCCUGCUGCAGCUCACCUGUGUCAGCUGUGUCCGGGCCAUCAUGAACUCCUCGUCUGGGAUAAACUUUAUCGUGGAGAAUGAGGGCUACAUCCGCAAACUCUCCCAAGCCUUGGACACGUCCAAUACCAUGGUGAAGAAGCAGGUGUUUGAGCUGCUUGCUGCCCUGAGCAUGUUCUCCUCUAAUGGGUAUCGUCUGGCCCUGGAUGCCCUGGACCACUACAAGGGUGUGAAGACCCAGCAGUAUCGCUUCAGUGUGAUCAUGAACGAGCUGCAGGCCACAGACAACGUGCCCUACAUGGUCACCCUCCUCAGUGUCAUCAACGCCAUCAUCUUUGGGACAGAUGACCUGCGACAGAGAGAUAAGAUGCGCAAGGAGUUUAUCGGAUUACAGUUACUUGAUAUACUGCCCAAAUUGAGAGAUGAGGAGGAUGAGGACUUGAUCAUUCAGUGUGAAGCGUUUGAAGAGGCUAUGGUUGAGGAUGAGGAGGAGCUGCUGAGGGUCUAUGGAGGCAUCGACAUGAGCAGUCAUCAGGAGGUGUUCACCACCCUCUUCAACAAAGUGAGCAGCUCUCCGUCAUCUCUCCAGCUGCUGUCCAUCCUACAGGCCCUGCUGCUGCUGGGGCCCGACAGGGCUGGCAUCUGGCAGACCCUGGAGGCCCUCACUAACAGGGCCAUACUGCUGGAUCAGGACUCGCCAAUGGACUCCUGUGAGACGAUUAUGCAACGCCUGGUGUUCGCCAAGCGCAGGAACGCUGGUGUCCAUGCUGUGGAUGGUCUGCCACCCAAGAAGAUUGAUAAGGCUGUUCAGACUGAUAUGGUGGACGAUGACCAAGAGAGACUGACCAAAUGCCCCACAACCUCCCAAGUGUCUUCUCCUCCCCCACCCCCACCCCUUCCACCUUCCCUACCUCCCAAUAUGAUGGGACCAGGGCCCCUUCAGUGCACACCUCCCCCUCCUCCACCCGCCUCUCUGACACUACCACACACAGGAGAUGGAGUACCCCCACCACCUCCACCUCUUCCAGCAAUGGGGGUGCCCCCAGGGUGCACACCCCCACCCUUGCCCGCCAUGCCUCCACCACCACCACCUCCUCCUCCUGUCAUGGGUGGCAUGGUGGUGGCCCAAAGUAGCCAAUCCCUGGGGUGUGCCUGUGCUGCCUCCUCCAAGGCAGGCCGCUGCCCCACCCUGAGGAUGAAGAAGCUCAACUGGCAGAAGCUCAGAGCUGUCACUGAUGGUCAUUCCAUGUGGACCUCUGCCCAGAAAGACGCUCCUCGGGAGCCCAACUACUCCAGCAUUGAGCAGCUGUUCUGUCUCCCGGUGACCGAACACAAAGACAAGGGGGCAGCUGCUCAUGUCAAGAAGGAGCCUAAAGAGAUCUCCUUUAUUGACGCAAAGAAGAAUUUGAAUUUGAACAUAUUUCUCAAGCAAUUCAAAUGCUCACAUGAUGAGUUUGUGUCCUUGAUUCAGAAUGGGGAUCGGACUAAGUUUGAUGUGGAGGUGUUGAAGCAACUUAUUAAACUCUUACCUGAGAAACAUGAGAUAGAAAACCUGAAAUCCUUCCAGGGAGAAAAAGACAAGUUGGCCAAUGUUGACCGAUUCUACAUCUCUAUCCUGGCUGUACCAUGUUACCAGCUGAGGAUAGACUGCAUGCUGCUGUGUGAGGAGACAGCCUCCAUACUGGACAUGCUCAAGCCCAAAGCAGAGGUGGUUGAAGCAGCAUGCCAGUGUCUCAGAGUGAGCACUCUCAUGCCCAGUUUCUGCAGGCUCAUCCUUGAUGUGGGAAACUUCCUCAACUAUGGAUGUCACACAGGGAACGCUGAGGGCUUUAAAAUCAGCUCCCUGCUGAAGCUGACUGAGACUAAGGCCAACAAGAGCCGCAUUACCCUGCUCCAUCACAUUCUAGAGGAAGCAGAGCUGAACCACCCAGAGCUAUUGGACCUCCCUGACGACAUUGAGAUUUGUGAAAAAGCAGCUGGAAUCAACCUGGACUCCAUUCAGGCAGAAGCCAGUGCCUUACUCCAUCGACUAAAAGAAGCAUCAAAGAAAGUCUCUAUCUCUGUGGAUGAUGUAAAGCAGCAGUUCACAAAGGUAUUUGAGAAAAACCUGGAGGCCUGCCGGGAUUUUGAGGACAGUUUUUUGGAGAUUGUGAGGAAGAAGGGUGACCUGGCCCUCUACCUGUGUGAGGAUGUCAACCAGCUCUCCCUGGAGGAGCUCUUCGGCACCAUCAAGACCUUUCGGGGACUUUUCAUCAAAGCCUUAAAAGAAAACAAAACCAGAAAAGAACAGGCUGUGAAGGCGGAGAAAAGGAAGAAGCAGCUUGACGAGGAGGAAUCCAAAAGACAGAAGGGGGAGAACGGAAAAAUAAUCCGGAAAGGACCCCCGCCACAGGACGAUGGCUGUAUUAUCGACCACCUUCUUGCUGAUAUCCGGAAAGGCUUCCAUCUCAGGAAGACGCGGCCCAGGUGCGAAACGGAAAGCCCCCCCUCUAGUGAAAUGAAUAGGAAAACGGGCCAGCCCGGAUCAAGUGUCAAGCCUGUAAUAGAAGAAGCCAAAGCCUCGGUCUCAGAAGCCUCCAGCACUCCUAGUCCCACUCAACCCCAGGCAGAGGAGAGGGCCCCAAGAGAAGGAAUGAAUGGUCCCAGCAAACCCCAAGAAAAAACAGCUUUUUCAAGCCUUCCCACAGACAAUUUACCAACACAGGAGAUACCGGGAAUGGGUGUCCUACAUAACACCCCAAGCCUCUCUACCUUCACAGAUGCAGACCUGCCUGAAAUCAACCAGAUGGUAAUGGAGGACUUGAUGCCUGAAUGUCCACAGAGCAAUGGAGAGAGUCACCUUAAUGGAGCCUGCACACUUCCUGUCACUGAUAUGGACAUGGUGAUAGAGAGUAAUGGUGAAAGCAACCUGAUAGGAAAAAAAACCAUUGGCCAAGAUGAAGUUGGAGGUAAGAGCAGCAGCAUGAUGGUAAAGACUUUUGGACAAGAUGAGGCUGGGGAUGACAUGAUGGUGAAGAUGGUGGCACAGGAUGAGGGUGUAACUAAUGGACACCCAGACACCAAUGGCAGCACAGACACCAAUGGCAACACAGACACCAAUGGCAACACAAACACCAAUGGCAACGUACCUUUAGUCAGUGCGGCGGAAAGCGGACCGGCGUGCGAUGUGCCCGAUGGAGUGGACUCUGAAGAUCUGCUCUCAUCAGUAUCCGAAGCUCUGCCUGCAUCUGGAACCCUAAAACCAGAGGAUAAGAAACAGCAGAAGCUCUUUGGAAGUAACAAAAAGAAGAGUAAUGAAGGUAACACUGGAAAAGGACACCCUAAAUGUAAAAAGGGGUGUGUGAUGCAGUGAGGCAAUUCCCGGAAAAGGAAGUCAAGAGGGAAAAGAAAAUGUUGAGUUGAUUCUUCCAUGCAUGGUUUCUGCACAUUGUAAUGGAUUACAUCAGGAGUAGGCAACCCUGUUCCUGGAGUGCUGCAGGUACUGCAGGAUUUUGUUCCAAAUAGGCACCACACCAGGGGUGCGUUCAGUUCGCUUAAACGUUUGCUACGUUGCAGAACGGUUUGUACUGAACGACACGUUUUCCCAAAAUGUUCUUGUACGUUCUUGAACAGACUUUGAGAUACGUUUGCUCCGUUCAGUGGGUGUGCUGGGGUGUGGCUUGAAGCAAUGAGUGAUGUAUUUAAAGGGCAGCUGUGCAUUUGAACCCAUAGCCCAACCCCUCCCCGUUUUUUAACUGGUUGUUCAGUACAGCACCGUUUCCGUUCAAUUUAAUGUUCUGUUACGUUUUUAUGUACUGAACACGGCCUUGACCAACUGAGCUAAUUGAUCAGUUCAGUGAUUGCCCCCAAUUCAACACACCUGGUCUUCCAGGUUGGUUAAAUUUGUGGCACUCCAGGACCUGGAUUUCCUACCCCUGGACUACAUUAUAUUGAACUAAAUGUAUUCCUCCAAGAAGAUAUCAGCAUGGUCUUCCUUCCCUUGGAGAAUUUUGAGUUCUUUAAAAAAUUGUGAAAUAAACUCAAAAGCUGCCAUGGUUCCCUGGCCAGGUUGAUUUGUAUUCUACCAAGAGGCUGGGUCAUGGACACAUUCUCAUGCAGCUGUUGUGUUCCACAAGGCUACUGUUUGUGGUCUCUGCCAGCCUCAAUCCCACCAAAUGUACUCUUCGCUACAACCUGGUAUCAGAGCAUUUCGUAUUAUUCUGUAUGCAAAUCCAAAACGCUCCAUUUAGUAUGGUAUGUUAGGUUUCGUAUGGUAUGUAUUAAUUUGUGGAUGUCCAUUACCCAUUUCGUAUGAUGUUUUACAAAUUACCAUUCAUAUUAAAUGUUACAAAUUUGCAAAAUAUGUUACGAAUCUGCAAAAUGUAUGAUGUUACAAAUUCUGGCUAGGUGGCUAACGUUAGCUGGCUUACAUUAGCAAGGGUAGGGGUUAAGGUUAGGGUAAAGUUAAAGUUUAGGAGUUAGGUUAAAGGGUUAAGGUUAGCUGAACGGGUUAGGGUUAGCGAACUUGCAAAGUAGCAAGUAGCUGAAAGGUUGCUAAUUAGCUAAAAUGCUAAAGUUGUCCGUGAUGGGAUUCAAACUCACAACCUUUGGGUUGCUAGACGUUC